UAUUUCAUAUUGUGAUAUAGCAUUAGGUGGGCAGUUUUUGUAUAUAUGUAGUUUCAAUAAAUCAGAGUUAUGGUGAAUGGAAAUUUUUGAAUUGUCUCAUGCUUUCGAGUAGUGUAGCUCCAUGGAGACAGGAAAUAUCUCCGAUGAGAACGAGACCUGAGAGGUGCGAUGGCCUGUUUUAUGCACAGAGUACUCACAAUCAUUCACAACUGUUGAAUAAAGCCCAUAAAGCCCAAAUACCAGUGUAAAAUGGUGUACUUAUAGGUACAGAUUGUGAUUAUAUGGGUACAACCUGUAAUAAUACCACAAUAUAUGUUCACUCAUUUCGUCAUAGGAUAGUUGAUAGUACGCUGAUCAUGUCAUCGGAGUGAUUGGUCUGAUAUGAAAGAAUUUGGACGAACUGAACUUUGAACGUCAAUUCGAUUUCAGUUGUUACGCACUGAAUAACAUUUAUUUUAUUUCCAUUGAAAAGUCGAGGCGCAAUCAUCUGUUCUCCAGUACGAUUUUUGUAUCAUUUGGUGACGGAGCUGGUCUUUAAUUCCAAAGGUACGAGGUAUGAAUCUGAAGUGGUCUUUCGUAAUUCUGAGUCUUCUCGUCAGCAUAAAUGGAUUAUCAGAAUCGGAGCUCGAUUCGUUUGUCAAAUUAACUGCCCUCGGUUACGAGGAUGCGUGCACCAAAGCAGCUGAAGCCAAAUGGUUAUUUAUCAAGGAAUGUAACAAUGCAAGCCGCCGGACAUGGGAAGAAACACUGGUAGAGUACGCUGAAUACGUACGUACGCAGAAGACCGAAAUUCCUGGAAUGAUUAAUGGAACCCUCGAGAAUUCCCAAUUACAAUACAAGCUUGAUCUUAUAUCAAAACCUGGUGAUGCCUCGAUGGAGCCUGAAGAUUGGCAAUACUUUGUUUCUUUCCUUGGUGCAGCAGAAUUAUCGAAAAUUAUUGGUAAUGAGUCGAUGCCUGAUAGAUCCCUGAGACAGCGCACCGAGACCCUUCUGUCGAGAAAUUCUUCAGCUGAUGAAAAAUUCGAGAUAUGGACAUCAUGGUAUGAGAACUUCAAGCCAUCAAUCAGUCAUUUCGCUGAGAGCCUCAAACUAGUAGAGAACGCUACUGCAGCUAAUGAUAUGGAGAGCAUUGAUAAGUACUGGCUCAUGCUAAAUGACUAUGAAAAAAGUUACGAGGAGGCCGAAAGGCUCUGGGAAGACGUAUCUCGCCUCCACAGAAGAAUUCUAGAAUUCCUGCAGAAGAGACUGACCAAAAAAUAUUCUAAUACCUCUAGAAUUAAUGAAACGUUACCAGCUCAUUUACUUGGAUCCCUCGAGGGCUACGACUGGACCCAGCUUGCCCUGCAGACGAUCCCCUACCCCGACAUAACUUUUGAAAUAAGGGAAAAACUCCUGAAGAGGGAUUUACUCGGUAAAAAUCUGUACAAGGCAGCCUCUCGCCUUGGAAAAAUACUGUUGAAACACGUACCUGAAACUCCAUUUUGGGAGGAGAGUGAUUUUACCGCACAGUGUCCAUCACGUUUGAUAGAUCUUUGCACAGGCACCAUGAGACUGUCCACUUGCUCAGACCAGUCGUCUAUUUCGAGUUAUCUAUCUGCACAUAAGGAUGUGGCAAGAGCAUUGAUUCACCAGAUGUGGAUAGAAAACAUUCCGAUCCUCAACGUGGCCAACAGAUACUCCGCUCUUGACUCAGCAAUGGAGGAAUUGUUCGGUGUUUUAUCCAUGAGCCGAGCCUGGCUCCUAUCCCUGAACCUAGUGAACGAAACUGAUGAUCAGGACGAAGUACGAGUCGUGUCGUUGAUGAUGACAGCCCUCGAUGUCCUCCCGAGGAUGGCGUAUUAUCUUGGAGCCGAUCUGUGGAGGCUCCACGUCAUCCAGAAUAAAUCAUUGACUCCUGGGGAAUUGACUGUCGCUUGGUGGGAAUAUCGGGAGAAGUACGAGGGGAUUUCCACAGUGGAUACCAGUGUACCGACUUUUUUAGAUGACGAAUUCAUCAUCAGUAAUAAACCUUAUCUGUCGAAGUUCUUGGGAAUACUCCUGGGUUUUCAAAUAUACGAAAAUAUAAUGGAUUCCACGGAGAUGAGAUACGAGAAGGUGCAGGCAUUCGGGCAGAAACACGAGCUGAUAAAAAUGAUUCAAUACGGUUCUGAGGAUAAUUGGAGGGAAACUAUCAAGAAAUACCUGAAUAUUUACGAGAUAUCUUCAGAUUCUCUGUUGAAGUAUUUCUCGCCGUUGGAGGAGUUCCUCGACGAGUUCGAUGAUGAGUCGAUGGACUUCAAUCCCUCGGCCUUAGAAAAGGCGAUUGAAGAAUUGGAAGACGACAAAAAGAAAAUUGCUGUUUCUUAUAGAAGCAAAGAGAUGACAACCCUACCUACCACGGCGUCAACAUCGACGUCGAAAGACGGCGAGUCAUCGAAGUCUCAAACAACUUCAAGCGAACUGAAAACUUCCCCGCAUCAGUCCUCAUCAACCCGGGAAAACACAACGAAAACAGUGAAAGAAGGACACUCUGUGGAGAAGAAAAAUCCUCAGGAGAACGAGGAAGUUAUAAAAUCUGGAACGAGCAAAGCUGUUUGGGCUGUCGGUGCUGUCUUAAUAGCUACGGUAACAAUCGUCAUAAUCGCGAUAUUUGGACGUCAAAGAUGUCGGAAAACACCAAAGAAUAGGAGAUACGUGUAGAGCCAUGACGAGAGGAACAGACAGAAGAAAUUCUGCAGCGAAGCUAUAGAACAACUGCGGUCUACUGUAUUCUUCUCAGUUUUCAAGAAAUAUCUAAAAACUUGUGAUUACCUUUUUGUGGGGUUUCAUCUGCUCUACAAAAAUGUUUAUGAGAAGAAUUUUUGGUUUUCCUACGAAUACCGAAAUAAUUUGCCAAAAUUGG